AGCUUAGAGAGAGAAAGCGAAAGAAUAUUUACAGUGGAGACGUCCAGAGAGAGAAAGGAGGAAGGGCGGCAUUAAUGCAGAGCUCAACUACCCAUUUGUUGAAUAAUAGAAGAAACCCUCAAAGCAGGCGCAGCGGCAGACAACUACCACCACCAGCAUUGUAGUGCAAACCUUAUCUCUCUGUUUUCCCUCUCAUCCGGGGUUUGUGUGGCCUUGAUGCUUUCUUGAUCUGAUCUCAAUGUGGAACUCGGUGGAGAACGUGUUCGCGAGAUCGGAGUCCUUCCGUGAGGACGGUGACGACGAGGAGGCUCUGAGAUGGGCGGCGCUGGAGAGGCUGCCAACCUACGAUAGGGUGCGGAGAGGCAUUUUCACCAACAUUGUUGGAGAUAAGAAGGAGGUGGAUUUGAAUGAGUUAGAGCUCGAAGAGCGGAAGGUUGUCUUGGACCGGUUGGUGAAUUCGAUAGAGGAAGACGCGGAGCGCUUCUUUGGUAGGAUAAGAAGGAGAUUCGAUGCGGUAGAUUUGGAAUUUCCAGAGAUUGAGGUCCGAUUUCAGCACCUAGUAGUUGAUUCAUUUGUCCAUGUUGGAAGCAGGGCAUUGCCAACCAUUCCCAAUUUCAUUUUCAACAUGAGUGAGGCCUUGUUAAGGAAAUUGCGGAUAUACAAAGGCAUGCAAAAGAAGCUGACAAUUUUAGAUGAUAUUAGUGGGAUAAUUAGACCUUCAAGGUUGACUCUGCUAUUGGGCCCACCAAGCUCUGGAAAGACAACACUACUGUUGGCCCUUGCUGGACGCCUUGGAUCUGAUUUGAAGGUGUCAGGGAGAAUUACAUAUAAUGGACACAAUCUAAAUGAGUUUGUUCCUCAAAGGACAUCUGCUUAUGUCAGUCAAUAUGAUUGGCAUGUUGCAGAGAUGACCGUGAGGGAAACUCUCGAGUUCUCAGGACGUUGUCAAGGUGUUGGAUUCAAAUAUGAUAUGCUUUUGGAACUUGCAAGAAGAGAAAAGGCCGCUGGGAUCAUACCUGAUGAAGAUCUUGAUAUAUUCAUCAAGGCAUUAGCUCUUGGGGGCCAGGAGACAAGCCUUGUGGUGGAGUACAUUUUAAAGAUUUUAGGGUUAGAUAUAUGUGCGGACACGCUGGUGGGAGAUGAAAUGCUUAAGGGGAUCUCUGGGGGGCAAAAAAAACGGCUAACUACAGGAGAAUUGCUAGUGGGUCCAGCUAAAGUGCUUUUCAUGGAUGAGAUAUCAACUGGGCUUGAUAGUUCAACUACUUACCAAAUCAUCAAGUAUCUUAGGCAUUCAACUUGUGCACUGGGUGGUACCACAAUAGUUUCUCUGCUUCAACCUGCCCCUGAGACAUAUGAGUUGUUUGAUGAUGUUAUGCUUUUGUGUGAGGGUCAAAUUGUUUACCAGGGACCCCGUGAUGCUGCUCUUGAUUUCUUUGCAUACAUGGGAUUUAGUUGUCCUGAACGGAAAAAUGUGGCAGACUUCUUGCAAGAAGUUGUAUCAAAGAAGGACCAGGAGCAGUAUUGGUCUGUUUUGGAUCGCCCAUAUCGCUACAUACCUGUAGCAAAGUUUGCUGAAGCUUUUCGCUCAUAUCGUGCUGGGAGGAAUUUGUAUGAAGAACUUGAAGUUCCUUUUGAUAGACGUUAUAAUCAUCCAGCAGCUUUGUCAACUUCCAGCUAUGGUGUAAAGAGGAGUGAACUUCUCAAGACCAGCUUUUACUGGCAGAAACUAUUGAUGAAACGAAAUUCAUUUAUCUAUGUUUUCAAAUUCAUUCAGCUUCUGUUUGUUGCUUUAAUCACGAUGACUGUUUUCUUCCGCACAACAAUGCACCACCACACAGUAGAUGAUGGAGGCUUAUAUCUUGGGGCAAUGUAUUUUUCCAUGGUCAUUAUUCUGUUUAAUGGAUUUACGGAGGUUUCCAUGCUAGUAGCCAAGCUUCCGGUUCUUUACAAGCAUAGGGACCUGCACUUCUACCCAUGCUGGGUUUAUACACUUCCUUCUUGGGUCUUGAGCAUUCCGACUUCACUCAUAGAGUCUGGUUUCUGGGUGGCAGUUACAUAUUAUGUGGUUGGAUAUGAUCCCGCGAUUACUAGAUUCUUUCAGCAGUUCCUGAUAUUUUUCUUUCUCCACCAAAUGUCAAUUGCUCUUUUUCGCGUGAUGGGAUCCUUGGGGAGAAAUAUGAUAGUUGCCAACACCUUUGGAUCUUUUGCUAUGUUGGUUGUCAUGGCUCUUGGAGGAUACAUUAUUUCAAGAGAUAGUAUUCCAAGUUGGUGGGUCUGGGGUUUCUGGUUUUCUCCUUUAAUGUAUGCUCAAAAUGCAGCUUCUGUGAAUGAAUUUCUUGGGCAUUCUUGGGAUAAGAGACCUAGGAACGAUACUAAUUUUUCGUUAGGUGAGGAAGUAUUGCGAGCACGCAGUUUGUUCCCAGAGAGUUACUGGUAUUGGAUUGGAGUUGGUGCUUUGUUCGGAUAUACAGUUCUCUUCAAUAUCCUUUUCACUGUCUUCUUAACAUACCUUAAUCCCUUGGGGAAGCGACAAGCUGUUGUUUCGAAGGAAGAACUAAAAGACAAGGACAUGAGAAGAAAUGGUGAAACUGUUGUCAUUGAGCUGAGACAAUACUUGCAGCACUCAGACUCAGUAGCUGAAAAAAAAUUUAAGCAGCAGAAAGGCAUGGUUCUUCCAUUUCAACCACUUUCCAUGUGUUUCAAGAAUAUCAAUUACUUUGUUGAUGUGCCUCUGGAAUUGAAGCAACAAGGAAUAGUAGAAGAUAGAUUGCAGUUGUUGGUUAAUGUUACUGGAGCAUUUAGGCCUGGUGUGCUUACAGCAUUGGUUGGAGUCAGUGGUGCUGGUAAAACCACUCUCAUGGACGUAUUAGCUGGUAGAAAAACUGGUGGGGUCAUAGAAGGGAGCAUACAUAUAUCUGGUUAUCCCAAAAAGCAAGAAACUUUUGCAAGGAUUUCUGGUUACUGUGAGCAAAGUGAUAUUCAUUCCCCUUGUUUGACUGUUCUUGAAUCACUUCUAUUCUCUGCUUGGCUCCGGUUACCGUCAGAUGUUGACUUGGAGACUCAAAGGGCCUUUGUUGAGGAGGUGAUGGAACUUGUGGAGCUUACUCAAUUAAGUGGGGCACUGGUUGGUCUACCAGGGAUUGAUGGUUUGUCCACUGAGCAGCGGAAAAGAUUAACAAUCGCUGUUGAACUGGUCGCUAAUCCUUCCAUAGUGUUCAUGGAUGAGCCCACAUCAGGUUUGGAUGCAAGGGCUGCAGCCAUUGUGAUGAGGACUGUGAGGAAUAUUGUAAAUACUGGGAGAACAAUUGUGUGUACAAUCCACCAGCCCAGCAUAGACAUUUUUGAAUCCUUUGAUGAGCUUUUAUUUAUGAAACGCGGAGGAGAGCUCAUUUAUGCAGGUCGACUUGGCCCCAAGUCUUGUGAGCUCAUUCAGUUUUUUGAGGCAGUUGAAGGGGUGCCCAAGAUCAGGCCUGGAUACAAUCCUGCUGCAUGGAUGCUAGAGGUUGCUUCUUCAGCAGAAGAAACCCGUCUUGGUGUGGAUUUUGCAGACGUAUACCGAAGAUCAAAUUUAUUUCAACGUAACAAACUGAUAGUGGAACGUUUAAGCAAACCAAGCAGUGAUUCAAAAGAGUUAAACUUCCCAACAAAGUAUUCUCAAUCAUUUUUGGACCAGUUUCUCGCUUGUCUUUGGAAGCAAAAUCUAUCUUAUUGGAGAAACCCACAAUACACUGCAGUCCGCUUCUUCUACACUGUUAUCAUCUCGUUGAUGUUUGGGACAAUAUGUUGGGGAUUUGGUUCAAAAAGGGAACGCCAGCAGGAUAUCUUUAAUGCCAUGGGAUCCAUGUAUGCAGCAGUCCUGUUCAUUGGAAUUACCAAUGCCACAGCGGUUCAACCUGUUGUUUCUGUUGAAAGAUUUGUUUCAUAUCGAGAGAGAGCUGCUGGGUUGUAUUCAGCUUUACCAUUUGCAUUUGCUCAGGUUGCAAUUGAGUUUCCUUAUGUUUUUGCACAGACACUUAUUUACAGCGUAAUUUUUUACUCCCUGGCUUCAUUUGAGUGGACAGCUUUGAAGUUUACUUGGUACAUCUUCUUUAUGUAUUUCACUUUGCUAUACUUCACCUUCUUUGGAAUGAUGACUACUGCUGUCACACCCAACCAUAAUGUGGCUGCCAUUAUCGCUGCUCCGUUCUAUAUGCUCUGGAAUCUCUUCAGUGGCUUCAUGAUUCCUCACAAGUGGAUUCCCAUAUGGUGGAGGUGGUAUUACUGGGCAAACCCCGUAGCCUGGAGUCUCUAUGGCCUUCUAACUUCACAGUAUGGUGACAAUGACAACCUGGUGAAGCUGUCAGAUGGAAUUAACACAGUGCCUAUAAACCGGUUACUCAGGGAAGUGUUUGGAUUCAGGCAUGAUUUCCUGGUCAUCUCCGGUUUCAUGGUGGUUAGUUUUUGUUUGAUGUUCGCGGUGAUUUUUGCCUAUGCUAUAAAAUCAUUCAACUUCCAAAAGAGGUAAAGAGGGUUUGCAUGCCACUAGAAUUGAAGGGUUACAGGGUAUAAGAAUUUUGUUUGUUUCUCAUAAGAGAAUGUUAAAUUUUGAGCUUUGUAUAGCCAGCAUGAUUGUAUGUAGAGUGAAGAUGACACCUUCAUGUAAUUUCUCAUUCUUGUGCAUGAAUUAAUAAUUAUAUUUACAUA